UGAACACUCGUUAUCUUGUGUCUGGUGGGUACGUUGAAACUUGGACAAAGUAUAUUUCGGUCAAGAUGUCUUCAAACUCCAGUCCAAACAGUGCCGACGUGAAGAAUCUGAUAGAACUGGCCGAAUCAAAGAUCGAUAGCUCAGCCGAGCGCUUGAACGAUCUCAGUCUAGACAUCUGGAAUCACCCUGAGACAAACUUUAAGGAAAGUCAUGCGCACAAAGUCCUGACAGAUUUCCUGGAAAAUGAAGGGUUCAUGGUGGAACGGCACUUUGUACUGGAAACAGCUUUCAGAGCAACAUUUGGAUGUGACGACACUGGUCCUAAUAUAUGCAUCAUGUGCGAGUAUGAUGCAUUGCCUGGGAUUGGUCAUGCUUGUGGACACAACUUGAUAGCUGAAGCCGGUGUAGCGGCUGGAAUAGGAGUGAAAGCAACACUCCAAGCUCGUGGAAAUAAGUAUGGAAAGGUGACUGUACUGGGAACUCCUGCCGAGGAGGGAGGAGGCGGCAAAAAAUUCCUGAUAGAUGCUGGAGCAUUUGAUGACGUUACCGUAGCAAUGAUGGUGCAUCCUUCCAAAUAUAACAUCUUGCGACCCAUCUAUCUAUCUAUGGCCAUCUUGGUCAUCAAAUAUGACGGGUAUGCCGCUCAUGCUGCCGCUGUGCCAUGGGAGGGCGUAAACGCAUUAGAUGCCGCAGUUAUGUGCUACAAUGCCAUAUAUGCCAUGAGACAACAGAUGAAACCAACAUGGCGCAUUCACACGAUAAUUACAAAUGGAGGCGCAGCCGUAAACGUCAUCCCUGACAAGGCUGAGUUAACCUGCAACAUACGAGCUUUAGACGAAGCUGAUUUGAAUAUCCUCAAGAAGAAAUUAAUUGCUUGUGCCGAGGGCGCAGCUGCAACAUCAGGAUGCAAAGUUGAGUGGGAACAGUCUUCAUCCUUUGCCAGUCUCAUCUCAAACAACCAGCUGAUAUCCCUUUAUGAGAAGCAUGCCAAGAACCUUGGAUGGAGCUGUGACCUAAACCUUCCGGCUGGCACUAAAAUGACUGGGUCAUCAGACGUGGGCAAUGUUUCUUACGUAGUUCCAACCAUCCAUCCUGAAUAUAAAAUUUGCGACGGAGCCAGUUAUCAUACGCCUGACUUCACAGCUCAAACAGGCGCGUGUCGUGCCCAGGCGCCAACUCUCAAUCAGGGCAAGACCCUUGCAUUCAUCGCUAUCGAGCUGUUACAUCCGAGCGGACAAGAAACUCUGGACAAAAUCCGUCAAGAAUUCGAAGAAAAAGUCAAUACGCUGUCUCCUCCGAAAUACUAAUGAAGGCUAGUCCCGGAUCCAGAUGUCUCUGAGGUUGAAUUUAGACUGUAGGCCUAUACAGGUUACAAUAAACAAUUAUCGAAAUGUUGCGAUGGUGUCAGUAGGUCUAAUUAGAUGAAUAUUCAACCAAGUGUAUGAACCGUUGGAAGCAGAGCUUAUUCAUGCGUUACCUGCAUUCAGAAUGAAGUAACAUUUCCGGUCUUAAAUGCUCAUAUCUGGGCUUGAUACUUAUUUUGGGAACAAUAUGCCAUCUUGGCCCGAAACCCUGUCCAGGCUUGAUAUCCUGUCUAGACUCGUUACCUAUAGUUGCCGAGGCUUGCUACCAUAACAUAGACCCAAACCCGUAAAGGCUCGAGACCCUGUCCAGACAAUUUGUUUGAUACCAAAGAUUAUCUUCAGGCAAACUUGAAUUCUCAAUACUGAUUGGUCGAUCCAUGGCAUUUAACAACUGUUACAAUAAUUGGCGUGUGGUGCCACCGCGGCUAUCCACCCUCAUACCCAAGAUUACACAAAUGCAAUGCAGUUGACAUGACGCAUCAACUGUGGAAAUGAUCACAGUCAUUCAUCAGUUUUUGCGGCUCGGUAACAUCGCAAGUGCCCUAGCGCUCGACGCGUGAAUGAUACAUUCGCAUCACGAGCCACCAAA